AUGAGACAUGCCGUUGCCGUGUCCAACGGCGUAAGAAGCAUCAAAUUUCAUUCGCUCUCUGUCCGCUAUCCAGCCCUGAGGUGUCUUUCUUCCUCUGCGCGUAGGCACAGCCCACAACAUCCCAGCAGCCCCGACGCUCUCGAUCCGCGCCUAGAAGACCUGGGGAACGUUAUCAGAGAUGAAUAUGCGAUAAUUAGGGAGAACUACAAUGCCCCAAAACAUGCAGUUGUUCUUGCGCAUGGCCUGCUUGGAUUCGCCGAGCUACGUCUUGCUGGACGUUAUCUUCCUGGAGUUCAAUAUUGGCGUGGUAUAAAGGAAGCUUUAUCGAUGCAAGGGGUUCGGGUCAUUACUGCCACAGUGCCUCCCUCCGCAUCCAUCGAAAUGCGUGCUGAAGAAUUAGCGAGAGAUAUCGCUGCCGGUGCACCCGGAGAACAUGUAAAUAUAAUUGCUCAUAGCAUGGGGUAA